UGGUCACAAUGUCCCCCGUGCCAGCUUCGGGGUGAGCGGCCUUUCCCCAAACGCCUGCUGGAAAUUUCCAGAGACAUCACAGCAGUCCCGAAACAAAAAGCUGCUGUGCCUCCCCGCAGGCGCUGCGUUUUGGGAUCUAGUGCUCCUGGCAGACACGCCGUGCUCUGCUUCACCGACUGAAUUUUAAGCUUCUAAAUGCUGCAUUAUUGGACGGGUUGAUAUUAAAGUUAGUCCCAGCAUCGUGAUUUUUCCAUGAUGUCAGAACCUAUCACACUCAAUGUUGGAGGAAAACUCUAUACCACCUCUCUGUCUACUCUGACUAGCUUUCCAGACUCCAUGCUGGGGGCCAUGUUUAGUGGGAAGAUACCAACCAAGAAGGACAGCCAAGGCAACUGCUUUAUUGACAGAGAUGGCAAAAUCUUCCGCUAUAUCCUGAACUUCCUACGAACUUCUCACUUGGACCUCCCCGAAGAUUUUCAGGAAAUGGGCUUACUUCGACGGGAGGUGGAUUUUUAUCAAAUUCAGCCGCUGAUUGAGGCCUUGCAGGAAAAGGAGGUAGAGCUUUCUAAAGCAGAGAAAAAUGCCAUGCUCAACAUCACCCUCGAUCAGAAGACCCAAACCGUUCACUUCACUGUCCGAGAAGCACCCCAGAUUUACAGCCUGUCUUCCUCCAACAUGGAAGUGUUUAGUGCUCAUAUCUUCUCCACAUCAUGCCUGUUCCUGAAGCUUCUGGGUUCCAAACUUUACUACUGCUUCAACGGAAACCUUUCUUCAAUAUCGAGCUACCUGCAGGACCCCAACCAUUUGACCUUGGAUUGGGUGGCAAGUGUGGAAGGCCUUCCUGAAGAGGAGUACACCAGGCAGAACUUGAAGAGACUCUGGGUGGUGCCAGAUAAUAAGCAAAUCAAUAGUUUCCAGGUGUUUGUGGAAGAAGUGCUGAAAAUAGCCAUGAGUGAUGGAUUCUGCAUAGAUUCUUCUCAUCCACAUACUUCAGAUUUCAUGAAUAAUAAGAUUAUUCGCCUAAUUCGGUAUAAGUAGGAUGGGCUGUUUAUUGUGGUGCAGGAAGCAUGGAGAUAACACAGGUUAAGUGUUUCCCUUUAAAACACACUUACAGCCUAAUUCAGAAUCACGCUUAUCUGGAUUAAGAGUCGCUAACAAGGAGAUGAUUUUCCUUUAAUGUACUUACCAAUAUGACCUUUCAGAAUAUGUCCAUAUUCUAGAUGGAAGCAAUAUUGUCUAGCGCCUGAAUUAAGGACUGGUACUGUCUCUGCUGCCCCCUCUGACCUGCUGUACAGCUGUGGGGAAAAUCACCUAACUUCUCUCCUUUCUACAUCUCCCAGUUAAAAAAUGGAAGUGAUCCCUAGCCUAUGUUGCAAGGGGAUGUGAGGGUUCAGUCGUCAAGGUUUGGAAUGUGUCUGGAGAACAGAUGUGGUGAGAGAUGCCAUGGAACUGCGGCACAGCAGACAGCUCUAUGACCGCGUUUUCCAUGUCUUGUUGUAUCACCUGUGUGGAACAUCCAAGAAGCUUGGCUGGAUCCACAGAUAAGAAGCCUCCCCAUGUGCAGUCAGUACAGCUGUAAAGGAUGGUGCAAACUGCAAAUGAGUAAGGGAUCCCAUCUCCCUGGGUUCAACAAAGAACUUCUGUCACCAUCUGAAGCUGCCUUGUGCUUUUUUUCUGAACCCCGUGAGGAAGCCCCUGCUUUAUUCUGCUUUCAGGGAAGCAAUGUUGGAAUAAUGUGACUGGCAUGGAGAACAACCAAGGAAGCCAUAGAAGAGAGAAUGGUGUUCUUACAAACAAAGAAGAUUAAACUUUUACAUUCCAAAGGCAUCCAAGACAACUAGUCCUUUUUUUUCUCUUGCAGUUGUUAAUAAUUGUCUGGAGGAUGCUGCUGAAACUUUCUGAGAUGAAGGCAGAGUUUGGGGCAGAGGCCCCAAAAUUUCUUCUUAGCAUUUUAGCCUUUUCUGGCGUUCUUCUGGGCACAUCUCCCUUCAGCAGUGCCUGGAGUGCGUCGAAUGCUCUCUGGAUAGGAUGGAUUCCAUUUGAAAAGACAACAUUCUCAUCAGGUUACAUCCAGCAUUUUUCAUUACAAAAACAGAAGCUCACUUUUCCUAUCCUGGUACAUUGGGCCUUUUUUUUAACGUCCGUGUGAAAUGGUCAGGUCACUAAACAGCAUUUUCCCCACUUGCUUGGCUUCAGUGUCAGGUUGUCAGAGAUAAGGCAGUAGGAAGCCAGAGGUGACAACAAUGGUCAGGCUCUUUCCUACACACCUGGUCCGUGCUAUAAUGAAGAUUAUAAUUCAGUAGCUGCAUGUUGUCUCUAAACAUGUAUUUAGAGACAUCAUUUGUGCCACAUUCAAGAUGGUUCCUUCUCAGCUAAUUAUGUUUAAAAGUAUCUUAACUGUAUUUCUCUAACCAGAUGGCUAUGAGUACAUUAGAGACGCUCUGGAACAUUUUCUGGUAUCUUUAAUGAGAUAAAAGGGAAAAUGCAAUAACCAGGUUUUGCAUUUAGAAUUUAGCACUUCCAAAGGUUCUUAGCACAGGGCUGCAAAGCUCUGUAUUACUCAUGUUCUUGUUUCCCAAAGUAACUUGUCUGUCAUUACAUUAAGCUGACCUGUGAACAAGCAUAAAGAAGCUCUUUUUCUUGUAAAAAACAGUGAGAUCAGUAUAGUUCUACGGCCCAAGCUGUAACUCCAUGAACAACACAAAUCAGCAUGCUGAUGGGAAAAAUGCACAUUCUGCAGCUCUUGCCAGCCUGUUAAAGACCACUGCCCUUUGUUUGACUUGGUGCUAAACCAGCAUGAUAUACGUGGGACCAUGUUGCAAGAAAGUACUGACUGGGCUUGAAGCCCUCAGAACCAUUAAACCUGGCAAAUACUGUGAAUUUUAAGGACUGCAAACAGGAUUCUGUGGCCAGAUUCUGGCUUGAGUCACCAUAUUUAUCUAGCUUUAGUUGCAUUAGGAAGAACUUUUUUUUUUUUUCUCUUCAUCCCUGUCCUGAAUUAUAAAGCAUGUGUUUGCCACUCAGCUGGACAUUCACGGAGAUGACUAUGCUGUGAAUAUGAUUAUGAUCUGUAAUAUGAACCCUUUUUGAUCAAAUCUA